AUGCGUAUUCGCCUACGGCAACGCAGGAGACCUCAGGGUAAGCGACCCCCAGGUAAGCUGAAUAUUAAUUUCUCUUUGCCUGCUCACCAUCUCCAUUUCAGCAAUAAACUUGCCCAACCGUCCAGUCGCCUCUGCCGCUGCUGAUGACGCCGCCGCUGACGAAAACGCCUCCAUGGGGAACCGAUGGCGUAAACUGCGGGACAAAGUCAAAUCGACGGCCCUGCUUGUCCUCGGUCGCGCACGUGGCCAACGCCAGGACUGA